AUGUCCUCGAAUGGGGCCUCGGUGCCUCAACGGCAGCCAUACGAUCAUCGACACGAUAACGAAAGAGAAGACUGGGACGAAUGGGAAGAUGAAGAUGUGGUCACCCCAAUCAUGGACGAUGACCAAGAGCUCAUCAUGGACAAGACGGCCGCUCCCAGCCCUCUGAGGCCAAAUAAACCGGCUUCGACGAGAUAUUCGCAGCCUCGGUACUCAGUUCAGAAGAUGAGGCGUCUCAAGUCCCGCCAGCGGCAAAAGGCGCAGAACGCCAAAGCAGGGAUCAAGGUGGUCACGGACAUGGCAACGCUGCGAGAGCAGCAACAGGCUCAACCGAACCGGGUUCCUGGUUUCCAGCAACCAAAAUUCGUCGACGCAGCAGCGCUGAGGGCCCUUGAGGGGUCGCCCAACUCUGCGUCGGUCGGCAACUGGAACUGGCUGAAGAUGAAGAAGUCGGAUACGAACGCAAAGUCUCCUCAAAGUGCUGGCCGCAGCCCCUUAGAGCAGGACCUGUCCCCAAACGACCGCCCGAUUAUCAUUGGCAUCGCGUUGCCGUCAGAGAUGGCCGACGGGGAAAUCAGCCCACAAACGGUCGUCAUCGAGACGCCGCAUGACCUGCCACCGAAAUACACCAACAAACCUACAAUGACAGGCAAAACAGACACUGCCACUCCUUUGACUCCCUCACAGCAAAGAUCAGUCUGGAGUCCAGACACACCAGACACCACCUCUCCUUUCCAGUCGCCGCAUCGCACUUCCAGCAUCUACUCCCAAGCAACUGGCCUCGGUGUUGGUGUUGCUCAUGACGCUCCUCCAGUUCCCGCAGUCCCUUCCACCUACAAACAGCAGGAGAGAAUAGUUAGCGUCGUCCUCAAGAACAAGGACGACGAGGAUGAUGAUGGGGGUAGCCCGUGUACCUUGUUUGAAGAGGAUGGGGCGGCCGCGAACCGACCAAAGUCGACAAAGGCCAAGGAGACAUCAAAGAGCCCAGACAGCGCAGCGACACAGACUCGUGGUUGGUGGGAUCACAUUACGACACCCUUCUUGGAGAGGAAGAGUCCUGUCGUCCCACCCCAGAAGUCUGAAUCACAACCAGUCAAAACAUCAGCGCACCAUGACUGGUGGAGUGAAAAGGGCACCAGGACCUCGGUUUUGGAAACAAAAGACUUGGAACCCAAGGUUUUCAAGCCAACAGAGGUUCAACAAGUUAUUAUUCAGAGACCAGGCCUCCCAGCAUCCCCGAGACCAUCACCACGCAAUUUAGAGGCGCCGAUCGUUAGAGUGCCCACUCCAAGAAAGACCGCAUCACCACUCAUGGACAGGCGGGAUCCUUCGCCCGCGUCAUCUUCUCGGUCAGUUACUCCGCAACUGCAGCCCCGGUCAGAGAAAGCCCCCCUUGCCGAACCCUGCCCGGCUCCCUCAGAGCAGCCGCCCCCUUACUCUCCCCCGCAACAGCAGAAGGCCGUCAGAUACCGAGCUGUCUUCCCCACGGGUCAUCCUUUGCAGGCACUUUAUCCUCCGUCUCCGGGGCCGAUCUCACCAGCCAUCAACGGAACAAUGAGUUCUCAGGGCGGCAUCAACAUGACUGAUAUACCCUUGACGCCAGCGCCGAGAGGUAAUGGCCCAGCUCCCGGACACCAAGGUCGCCUUCCAGAAAGGCUUGCAGGCACAUUUUUGCCACAGGAACAUUUUCUUGCGGCACCGGGGAAUGGCAAUAACGUUGAACGGCAGCGUCGCCGCUACGAAAAGGAAGAAGUUGCAGCUCGCAAAUUUGGGGGCUUCUGGAAAGGCCGUUGGUGUAUCCCCGCGACUGGGUGCUACGGUCGCAGCGGCCGCGAAGGCCGAAAGAGAAGACGGGCGUGCCUCGGAGUAUGUGGAGCCAGUCUUUUCCUCAGCAUUCUCAUUAUCGUUCUCUGUGUUACCCUCAUCCCUAGGAACAGUACAUCUGCGCCAGUCGACAGUAUCUUUGUCAACCUCACGAACUUCCCUCCGAUGCCAACCGGAGUGCUCUCUGUUGUUGGCCCAGACAAUACCGCCGCCGUCACUGGCUGCAGCAGCCCGUCGACUAUUUGGAGCUGCUCACUGCCCAAGGAAGAGCAAGAAUCUGUGGCCCCCAACCGUCCCAAUCAGCCGACUUUCACCAUGCAGAUUCAGUGGGACAACAACACCCGUAACCUGUGGAAUGUGCCCAACGGUGAACCCCCUCGGCCCGGAUCUACCUCCGGGAAGCGGCAAUUCAACCUCGGCGGUAUCAUAUCCAGGGCCGGCGCAUAUAUCAGGAGACAGAACCCGUCCUUCACACCCAACCCAUCUCCCCCUUCCUUUGAGGAAAUGUAUUUUCUCGGAAACACGACAGACGGUAUUGUCUCUGAGGACAAAGCCGGCGAGCCGACUCCUUUCUAUCUCAGCAUCCUCAAGUCCGCCAGCGAAAGCGUCGGCCCCAACGCCCUGAGUAAGCGUCAGAGCUCGGGGAACUCUUCCGACGACUUUGGUAUCACCCUACCGGCACCAGACCUCGAGCCGGACGGCACCGGAGCCCCCGCCCAACUCUUCCCCCACGCCGUACAGCAGCCCGUACGAUUGUACGACCGCGGCCUCCCGACUGAGCACUACGGCUUCUAUACCUACUUCAAGCGCACCAUCUACCUAAAGUCCGUCACCACACUCAACGGGACCGACAGCGAGAGCAACGUGCCGCUCGACAAGGACGGCGGAUCUCGCAGGAGCGAGGCCAAGCUCCUCGUGACCUGGUCCCAGACGCGUUUCCUCGUUCAGAUGUGGACCAGUUCGGCGAACACCACGCAGCUCCUCUCCACCCCCGGCACCAUGCCCUACCCCGUCACGAUCAAGACCGACACCCACGGCGGCGAGUCGGGCGAAAAGUUUGUGUGGCACUGGCCCGUGAAUGACCGCCAGGGGAUCGACACGAGUACACCGAAACUUCUUCCCAAUGAUAUUGGCUUUGGGGGAACAACUGUGAAUCCGCGAAAAGACAAAGACGCUUCCUUUGGCGGCUUCGACGGUGGUACCGGCGGCUGCCGCUGCGAGUGGGUCAAUUUUGUUGCCAGACGGGACAGCGGUAAUUGA